AUGCGGUCGACUUCAUUUGCUGGCGCUGCAGUCUCUGCGGCAGCCGUUCAUGCUGCAUCCUUGAGCGACAUAUGCUCCAAGAGCUAUGCCCAAUCGGCUCUCCCUGCCGACAACUUUUUAUCGGGCAUCACCUUGGACGCGGACUCGGUUCAAACAUCCCUGGUCUCCAAUGCCAGCUUCCAGUCUGAAUGGUACCCUACCGCCAGCGCCGACUACUGCAACCUCACUUUCGCCUAUUCACACGACGGUCUUGCCGACGACGUUGUACAUGUUUCAUACUUGCUCCCUGCUCCUAGCAAGUUUAAGAACCGCUAUGUCUCUACAGGCGGAGGCGGGCUUGCCAUCAACUCAGGAAGCCAGUACGCCGCGUCUGGACUCAUAGUUGGUGCCGUCUCCGGAGUCACAGAUGGAGGAUUCGGAUCAUUCGACACUCAGUGGGACGAGGUGUUCCUCCUGGCUAACGGCACUAUCAACUGGCAAUCUGUUUACAUGUUUGGCUACCAGGCUCAUCACGAACUGGCCCUACUCGGCAAAGAGUUGUCGAGGAACAUCUAUAACGUUUCCAAGCGCUCUAAACUCUACUCUUAUUAUCAGGGUUGUUCCGAAGGUGGCCGCGAAGGCUGGAGUCAGGUACAGCGUUUUGCCGACCAGUUCGACGGUGCUGCCAUCGGAGCCCCAGCCUUCCGCUAUGGUCAACAGCAGGUUAACCACUUGUUCGGUAAUGUUAUCGAGCAGACUCUGGACUACUUCCCUCCUUCAUGCGAGCUGGACAAAAUCCUCAACCUGACUAUCGCCGCUUGUGAUGGCCUGGAUGGAAAAGAGGAUGGUGUUGUAUCGCGAUCUGAUCUUUGCAAGCUCCGCUUCGACCUUAACAGCACAAUUGGGGAGUCUUACUCUUGUGCCGCAUCGAGCUCCCAGGGUGGAUCAGGAGCGCUUCGGGCUCGACAGUUCGCUCAGCCAGACACCCCAGCUCAGAAAGGAACCGUUUCCAAAGAAGGCGUGGCUGUGAUUCGACAGUUUCUCGAUGGCCUCCAUGACUCUAAGGGACGCCGUGUGUACCUCAACUACCAGCCCGGAUCUAGCUUCUCAGAUGCCGCCACUUCUUACGACGAAGAAAACGAGACCUGGGGAUUGAGCAUUAACGGCCUUGGUGGUGAGUGGGUUGCGAGGUACCUCCAGCUCCACGACACUAGUACCCUCUCCAGCCUCGACAACGUCACCUACGACACACUUAAAGAGUGGAUGGUCUAUGGCAUGAAUAAGUACGCGGACUCUCUGCAAACCACUUACGCCGACCUGAGCGACUUCCAAUCCGCGGGUGGAAAGGUUAUCCACGUCCAUGGAGAAUCAGACGACUCUAUCCCGGCGGGCUCAUCCGUUCACUACUACGACUCCGUUCGUAGUGUCAUGUUUGCCGAUAAGAGCUACAACGAGAGCGUUGCUGCCGUUGACGACUUUUACCGGCUGUACCUGGUCCCUGGUGGCGCACACUGCGGCAGCAACACUAACCAGCCCAACGGUGGAUGGCCACAGACGACUUUGCAGACCGUCAUUAAAUGGGUCGAGAAGGGUGUUGCUCCUGAGACUCUGGAUGGACACGAUGGCAUUGAGACUAUCUGCCGUUGGCCUCUCCGUCCGUUGUGGUCUGGAAACGGCACUUCGCUGAACUGUGUUUAUGACCAAGAGUCGAUUGAUAGCUGGACUUAUGACUUUGAUGCUUAUAAGCUGCCUCUUUACUAA